ACACUCUCCCCACGCUCACCCCCUCCUCCUCGCCGGUGAGCUCCUCGCCGGCGAGCUCAUAGGCAACGAGUUCCUCCCCGCUGAUCCCUUUUAUGACGAGCCGUUUAGCAUGGAUCUCCUCGCCGUUGAUCUCCUCGUUGUCGUUCUUCUUGCCGGUGAGUCCUUCGCCACAGAUCUCCUCGCCAACGAGUUUAUCACUACCGAUCUCCUCGCCGCCAAGAUUCUCAUUGCCGAUCUCCUCUCCGACGAGCUCUCCACGGUCCCGAUCUCUAAUCGAAGAAAAAUCUGCAAAAAAAAGUUGCUUUCAGGUGGAAGGCAUGAUAUUGAUGUUGAUGAUCUGAGAAUCAACACAAAGUAUACCGGUGGUUAUUCUUAUUCAAGUCGCACAGUUAAACUGUUUUGGGAGGUAACAAUUCAGUUUGUCUUGUCUUAG